AUGUCAAAACUAACAAAUUUUGUCGUGAUAUCAUUUGCACUGUUAAACGAAGAAGAUGCCGUAAUGUCCUCACGAGGAAACCAUUCAGUAGCCAUAAUCAAGGGUCAGGAGUCAUAUGAACUGUUGCAGACUUCAUGUGCUGCUAUAUUCAAACAAGUGAACAUGUUAGUAAAAGAGAAAAAAAUAUCAAUCGAUGGAAAGGAUAUUCCUUUGGACAUGUAUCUGGGAGGUGAUUACAAGUUUCUUCUUUUGGUCCUGGGGAUGAAGGGAGCCACAUCGGACCAUGGGUGUAUAUGGUGCAAAAUCCAUAAACAUGAAAGAUAUGACAUGUCAAAGUCACAGGAAUAUUACUGGAGUGAUAAUAUUGUCAGAACCUUGGAUGACAUCAAAGAGUGUGCCAAAAAGCAAAAAUAUUCUUGUGAGCAUAUGCCACUUGUUAAUAUACCCUUAGAGAAUGUUAUCUUGGAUGAACUUCAUCUAAUGCUACGAAUAACAGAUAAACUGACAAAAAAUUUAGUUGAAGCAGCCCUCGAAUGGGACAAAAAGGACAACUUAAACAAACCACCAUCCAAGAGAUGUAAUAAACAUAUAGAAGAUCUAGUUGAAGCAAUUCGAAGUUGUGGACUUUCUUUUCAGGUUUGGGAAAAGACAAAUGGAGAUGGAAGUGGAAGUGGUGUGUACGAUUUUACAAGUCUCAUGGGGUCAGCUAAAAAGUUACUGUUAAAAAAGUUACCUGACAGACUAAAGGGGAUUAUUAAGCCUGACACUGAAGAGGCUAUUAUUAAAUUAUGGAAGGAUUUUGACAAAGUAUAUACAUUACUGGGACAGAAGAAUCCAACUGAUGAAGAUGUUGAGCAAUAUUUUCUUGAGGCUUCAAGAUGGGUUUCAUCUUUUAACUCUCUCGGAGGAAGUUGUUUUGGAUAUGAAAAGGCUCGUGUAACACCUUAUAUGCACAGCAUGGUUUAUCAUGUACCUCAUUUCAUGAAAGAGCACAGAAGUAUGAAGAUAUUUACUGGUCAAGGUGUAGAGAAAUUAAAUGAUGAUUGUCGGCGCAUCCACCUACAGCGUUCCAACAAGUGGGAUGCACCUAAAGACGUCCUACUGGUAGAAAAAAGGUUGGAAAAUCUUGUCAGUCAUGCAAGACGUCCAAGGCCUUACGAAAAGCACACCCAACAAUAUUGGGAAAAAGAUAUAAUCGAAAAACGUGCCAAACGUAUUCGAAUUUGUCAACAAAAUGCACCAGCAGCCCCGGAUGCUGUAAAUGUCGAAAAUAUGACUGCUGAAGAAAUAAAAAAGAUGCUGAUGGAAAAGGGUGUCAAAACUCGUCUUAGAUCAUUACCAAGACUCAAGGAACUUCUCAGAAAUCAGCUGGCAUUAGAGGCACUACAACUUUAA